CUUAACCCUUUCGGUCCCUGGUCGGGGCGAGCUAUAAAAGCAAAAAUCUCUAGGGUUUUCGGAUCCUGCUGCGUCUGUUGAGAGAGAGAGAGAGCUCCAGCAGCGCCGCUCCUCUUACCAUUCCGGCUCUCUGCCCGCACUAAACCCUAAUUUGCAGGUAUGGCGGUUGCUGUCGAUCAGACUCAGCGGGUUGAUGAUGUGAAGCUCUUCAACCGGUGGACCUUUGAGGACGUCCAGGUCAACGACGUCUCGCUGCUUGACUAUAUCGCUGCACAACCUGCCAAGCACGCUACCUAUGUCCCGCACACCGCAGGGAGGUACUCAGUAAAGCGUUUCAGGAAGGCCCAGUGCCCGAUUGUUGAGAGGCUCACAAACUCCCUCAUGAUGCACGGGAGGAACAAUGGAAAGAAGUUGAUGGCUGUGAGGAUUGUCAAGCACGCCAUGGAGAUCAUUCACUUGCUGACUGACUCAAACCCGAUUCAAGUCAUUGUUGAUGCUGUCAUCAACAGUGGACCUCGUGAAGAUGCUACCCGUAUUGGGUCUGCUGGUGUUGUGAGGCGUCAGGCCGUGGAUAUUUCUCCUCUCCGACGUGUAAAUCAGGCGAUCUACUUGCUCACUACCGGUGCUAGGGAAGCUGCCUUCAGGAACAUCAAGACGAUUGCGGAAUGUCUCGCUGAUGAACUCAUCAACGCUGCCAAGGGUUCGUCUAACAGCUAUGCCAUCAAGAAGAAGGAUGAGAUUGAAAGAGUUGCCAAGGCCAACCGUUGAGUUGUUGCUUCGGUGAAAUGGAGCUUCGGGAUCUCUUGGCAGUUUUCAUUAAAGUUUUUAAUCUUUUUGGAACAUUGUGAUAAUAGUGUAUGUGAUGAUGGCUUAUCAAGUUUUGGUAAUUGGAUCUUACCUAAGUGUUGAAGUGUUUUCAUGAUGAUGGUGGUUUUGAGGCUUACUCUUA